UAGUAAAAUAAUACUACAGGAGUUUAAUACUAUAAAUGAAAUCUUCAGAACGUCAAACAGACAACAAUGGGUCAAUCUUGUUUCUUCAAUGUUCUUAUUGUUUCCUCUCUUUUACUACUAGUCUUCUUCUCCACUGCCAUGGGGAGAAACUUGCAUACUGCGAGUUUACAAGGAGUUUACAGUGCUGCUGAGCUAUCUCCCUCCAAGGAUGAGAGUGUGCGGAAGAUGAUGGAGCUGAUGGAUUAUCAGCCGGUGGAGUCUAAUACCAACUGGAAUGGUUUCGUCGCCACUCCUCCUCCUCAAUCUCCUCCACUUUCAUAAUUUCCAAAAAAAAAAAAAAACUAUAUUCAGGAUUCUUAUUUGGAAAACAAAGUUUGAUAUCUGAUAUUUUUGCAAUAAGUUACAAAAUGUAAUUUUGGAAAUUUAAUAUUUUGGUAAGUUAAGUUUUGCUGUAACAUAUUUGUUUGGUAUGGUUGGUGGGUGCAUGUAAAACGCCACUUUGAUUGAAAAGGUUAUAUACACAUCAA